GCCGCCGCCGGCGUGGAAUCGGGACCGGACAAUUUGCCCGCACGCCACGCCACACGCCUCACCAUCCAACCACCGGCACGGCGGCGCCCGCCAUCACGUCGCCCCCAGCGCCGAGGCCCGUUUCCGUGGUAGCGUGAAGCUCGAGGUGCGCCGGCGGCUGUCCAGAUCCUCCGCCUGCCGGCAGCGGGGAUGGUGAAGAUAGUGACGUACAACGUGAAUGGGCUGCGGCCGCGUGUGGCGCAGCAUGGAUCGCUCCGCCGUCUCCUCGACGCGCUCGACGCCGACAUCAUCUGCUUCCAGGAGACGAAAUUGUCGAGGCAGGACUUGUCUGGGGAUGUCAUAAUGGCUGAGGGAUACGAAGCUUUUAUUUCGUGCAAUCGUACUUUGAGAGGGCGUGGAGCAUACUCUGGUGUUGCGACAUUUUGCCGGGUAACAUCAGCAUUUUCCUGUCAGGAGGUUGCUUUGCCAGUUGCAGCUGAAGAAGGAUUUACUGGAUUACAGGGCUCUGCAGAAGGGAGUGCAAUAAUUGGGGAUUUUGUUCUUGAAAUGCCUGUUGAAGAGGAAGGUCUUGGCGUAAUAACAAGAGAGGAGCUACUCAGGGUGGACAAUGAGGGACGAUGUAUCAUCACUGAUCAUGGACAUUUUGUUCUUUUUAAUAUAUAUGGCCCAGCUGUUGGAGAAGAUGACGAAGAACGAGUUCGUUUUAAGCUACUAUUUUACAAGAUAUUGCAGAAACGAUGGGACUUUCUGUUGGCUCUUGGGAAGAGAGUUUUCGUUGUUGGAGAUAUGAAUAUUGCUCCUGGUUCUAUAGAUAGGUGUGACGCCCCUCCUGGAUUCGAGAAGCAAAUGUUUCGGGAAUGGCUGAGAUCCAUGCUAAGAGAAAAUGGAGGCCCCUUUUUUGACGCUUUCAGAUCAAAACACCCUGAAAGGGUGGGAGCUUAUACUUGCUUUAAUCAGAAAGUUGGAGCUGAAGAAUAUAAUUAUGGUUCUAGAAUAGAUCACAUUCUCAUUUCCGGGGCAUGUUUCCAUCAUUGCAAUUCUAUGGAAGACCAUAGUGUUUUCCACUGCCAUGUGGAGGAUUGUGAGAUAAUGAAUCAUUUCCGAAGAGGGGAUUCAGAAAAUAUCUCAAAGUGGAAAGGAGGGAGAAGUAUUAAGCUAGAAGGGUCUGAUCAUAUUCCAGUUUAUAUUAUACUGAACGGAAUACCUGAAGUUCCAGUCCAUAAUACCCCAUCAACAGCUGCAAGAUAUCUCCCAGAAAUCCGUGGACGGCAGCAGACUAUAGUAUCAUUCCUCUUGAAAGGGAAAAAUUAUGAACUUGAAGAUGCCACAGGUUCAAAUAUGUCCAAGGAUAGAAUAGAUGAAAGCAGCUGCAGUGAUGACCUGGAAAACAAAAGUAUAUCCAAGGAAGAAUUGCCAACUGCUAUAACUGAGUUUUCUAAAGGUGGUAACCUUCCUAGUCUGACAUGUAAGCGGAGGAAUCUUGAUCAUUGGGUAAAUGAAGGUUCAAGUGGCAACUCCAAUAAUAACAAUCCAACAUUACUGGCACCACAAAGUCAGAAAGCUUCCUUUUCUGGCAACAAGUUCACGUCAAACAAGAAGAACAAACAUAACUUAUCCUCCCAACCAACGAUCAAGUCAUUUUUUCGACAACCAGAGACAAAGACAGGGGAUGCCGAUAUCAAUAACCCAGUUAGUUCAGUAGACACAGUACCUGAUAUGGAUGAAUUACGUUCACCAAAAGAUGAUAGUCUGCUGGAACACAUCCAUUGUACAGCUGCAGCUGAUGAAGAUCAGGAUAACUCAGAUAUACCAUGUUCACAAUCAACUGAUAAGUGUAAUGUCGCAACAUUGGAGUGGCAAAGAAUACAACUGAGAAUGAAGACAACCCUACCACUUUGCAAAGGACACCGUGAACCUUGCAUUCCAAGGUCUGUGAAGAAGGGCUCCAAUAUCGGUCGCCUAUUCUAUGUCUGUGCCCGUGCUCAGGGACCUUCAUCAAAUCCAGAAGCUAACUGUGGUCACUUUCAAUGGGCCUCUGUAAAAUCUAAAGGACAGCGCCAAUGACUCUUUUUGUGUGGCCCUUUUUUAUAGUGCAGUUGAAAAGACUUCUUUCAGCUUUCACUCCUUGGACACUUGUCUAGCUUUUGUCUGCUUGGGCUUCAUGUACAUGUAAAUUAGCCAUCACGUGGAUCGGACAAUGAAUUCUUCCAAUAGAUGGGCAUGCUGGAGAUCUGGUGGCUGGUCCUUCUGCUAAUAUGCGCGUACGACCUGAAAUAUGUUUGUGGGAAUGGAUAUGACCUUAGCUUUCUUGGUAAGUAACUGUUUGCUCCCAUCUACUCCCUCUGCCUCGUAGUAUGAGUCAUGCACGCAUCCCUAGAUAAUCAAUUUGAUUAAUUAAAUAUGUAUGUUUCUUAACAAAAAGUAUACCAUUAGAUUCGCUAUCGAAAGAACUUUCUAAUGAUAUAAUCUUUUCAUUAUUUAAUUCAUAUUUAGUUAGCUAAAUUGACGAUCUAGUAAUACGUGUGUGCCUCAUGUUAUGGGACGGAGGGAGUAUCUAGUUAAGCAUGCUGCUAUAGUUCCUGCGUUCCUGGCAAUAUAAGCAUGGCUGCAUGGCCAGCAAAAUUACUCGAAAUAAUAUAGCACCGAGUAACCACCUACCGUUGCCAGAUGAUUACAAGGAAGUUUCUCUGUUGUGUUCAGUUAAAGAUAGCAAUGAUGAGGGUCGGAUGGCUCAUUGUGCGUC